UUUCACUACUUUUUUAUAUCAAGUUUCGAAGAAUACAUAUUUAGAGUGAUUGAGCAUCAAAACGUGGACAGUUAAUGUAAUGAGAAUAUCUGUAAUAGGUAUACCUAAGUUAUGGAUAGUGUUGAAGCAGAUAUUCAUGGAAAGAGAGAGCUGUAUCAUGCAGUUUUGGAAUGUAAUGCUGCCAAUGUAAGAAAACUACUAGACGAAGGUGUAUCUCCACAUUUUGUGAAAGAGGAUCGUGAAAGCCUGCUUCAUGUGUUAGCUUGCCACAGGCCUCUUGUCGAUGAAAAACCAAAUAAAGAAUUUGACAAAUGUAGACAAGAAAUAGUAUUCAUGCUAACUGAUGCCGGAGCAGGAACGGAAAUAAGGGACAAUGCUAACCAUACACCACUAUUUUAUGCCUUAGAAGGGAAAGAUCACACCCUGUGUGAUGUUUUACUGCAAUGUGGAGCUGACAUGCAUGCUUUGGAUGAGGGAGGAAUUACCCUUGUUGAAGAAGUGUAUAGGCUUUAUCAAGUCGACAGAUCUUCAAAAGAAGAUAUUGAAUUGCUUCAGGUCUUUGAAAAAUAUUUUCCAGGUAUUUGGAGGGCUGUUUCUCUGGGUAGUAUUGAAGAUGUUCGACGUUUGAUAAAUCUGUGGUGUAAAACUGAUUUGCAUAGGGAUGGAAAAUCACUAAGAGAUCUGGCUCUGGAAAGUGGUCAUGAAGAAGUUAUUGGCUUAAUUAUCAACAUAGAAUUUUCUAUGAGGCUGGUGCAUCACGUUCUUGCUGGAAAUGUCAUUGGGGUCCGACACAUGUUAACAAAUCACAGAAAUAAGUUGCAGCUGGACUUGAGAAACUUAAGUGUCCGUGGAGCUCCCAUUUUGUAUUUUGUGCUCCAGAAAAACGAUGCUGAGAUGGUGAGGUUGUUUGUGGACCACGGCUGUCGUAUCUAUGCUCUGAUGAGAGACAAGGAUGAUUACGAAAUGCCUGUGUUAUUUGUAGCCUUACAAGAAGAUAUGCCUCUGUCUGUAAUACAAGCUUUGUUACCUGAAGGACGAUCAAUUAGAUUGGAGGAACUACUCAGCAAACUUCUCUACAGAGGAAAAUCUGUAUUGGAAGUAGCUGUCCUUAAUUCUGUGAAGCCUGAAGUCUUUGAUCUGUUGGUUUCAAGAGGUGGACCAACACUUGUAUCUGACAGGAACCAGGAUAAUUACACUGUUCGUGAUCAGGCACUGAAAAUGGGGAAGAAUGCCUAUGCUAAAAUAAUUGAUAAGCAUGUUAACCAGUGGAUAAAAUAUCCAAAAAAUUUUCCAGAAAAGAGGAAAAUUUUGGCUCUCCGUGGUUAUGAUCAUUUGCUUGAUGUUUGUCAUGAGAAUGGUCCAAUCCUCGACGAAGAUCCGUCCUUAAGUAUUUUUGCUCAGAAAAUUACGGUCUACCAGAAUCAAAUAGCUAAGUUAGCUGAUGCAGUUGAAAGAGGAGACCCUACAGACUUUUCACAACUGUGCAAGUUUGAAAGAAGUUCGGAUCUAUUGGAGCCAAAUAUUUGUUGGGACGGAAGGCCAAAGGGUGAUGGACUUCCUCUACUACAUCGUGCAGUGCUACACAACCAUGAACUGAUUGUUAAUGCCAUCCUACUCCAUAAACCUUCAGAACAGUCCAUAGAUUCGUUGUUUGAUCAAUACCAUCGUACUGCAUUACACUAUGCUUAUGGUAUGACUGAAGCUGGGCCAAUCCGUAGAAAGCUGCUUGACCAUGGUUGUUCUGAACACAUGUUAGACAAGAAUGGGAUGGAGCCUAUUGAUUUUGCUGAAGUUCGAGGUGCUCCUCUAAUGGAAGCCUUAUUAAAUCGACUCCGGGAAAAGGCCUAUCAGACCCCUGAACCCAAUCCUUGGGCUGUAUCCAAGGAAAUGUUCCUCUAUCAUGCUCCAAGAGAACAACACCAGCCAAAGUGGCUUGUUCCAAGAACAUUUCCUCCCCAUCACAAGCAUCUUCACUAUGGGUUGUUUCACCACAAGCGUUUCUACCACAGUAUCGUCAACCUGCCCUUCUACUUGUACCACAGCUGGCUUCGGCCUGCCUGCCACGCCUGCUCUCUGCACUACCAGCCAGUGGCAUAUGAACCUGUUGUUGAGGAUGAAAUAGAUGAUGGAGAAAUAGAAGAAGAAUAUGGUGAAAGAUGGAAUCAGAAGUAUGAUUUGAAUCCUGCUCGUUGUUCUAUCCUUUGAAUAAUACUCUUGUAUUACAUUAUGAUUUUUAAAAGCAUGAUACUUUCUGAAUUCAAGCUGAAAAUAGUCCCCAAAGGUACUUUACAUUAUUUGUUAUAACACCCAUUUUUAUAGAUGACACUAAGUGAUAGUCAGUAAUUUCAACAAGAUGACAGUGUAGUUAGUGUUCUUAGGGGCCCCAUGCUAAACCAAUGAUUAAGAGACUGUAUUUCUCGUUUUCCCAGAAUAUUUUCUGAUAGGUAUUACUGAGUGAUAUAUAGUUACCGAUAUUGUUUAACUACAGAAGCAGAUUUUAUUAUUAGAUACCUUCGGUAAAUUUUUCCAUCAAUGGAUCCUGUUACCAAAUGCUGUAAAGCUAUUUUACUGUAUUAGUAAUGGGAGUAUACCUGCUAGUAUUAUUAAAUAAUUAAUAAGAACUCUCCCUGUAAGGUCACAUUUUCAUAUUAAUCUGUGGCAAAAUCAUUUCCUAGGUUCUAGUAAGGGUUUUUCAUUGUUGUGUUAUUAUUUUAGUAGUGAAAAACAUGGCAUGCCAUUCAUUACCUUAAGUAUACAAGUUAUUUUAUGCCUUAUAAUAAUAAUAACUCUUGUAAGUAAGUUAUUUCUCAGAUAUUAAUAUUUACUGUUUAUGAAAACUGAAUUAUAGAUUAAAGUCUAGUCAAUGUGUUGGGUAUCUUAUAUUAAUAUAAAGUGUACUUUAUAUAAAAUCUCUUUGUUAAACAUAUAGUUGCAGAAAACGUUUUUUUUACAGAUAUUUAUAUUAUCUUAAUGAGAUGACAUAUUACUUUUAUCAUGGAUAAAAUAUUGCAAAUAAGUUUGGUAAAAAAGUAUAAUUUGAUGAACUGCCUACUAUGUCUUUCAUCUUUAUAUAUUUUAUUUUUACAAUGUACAGUUGAAGUUUAUGCACUCCUGUGACGCUGAAUAUUUUAGUAAAUUCCCAUUAAACACUUGUUUAUUUUUUAAUAAUAAUUAUGGAAACUGGCAACCCAAAAUUUUGUCAGUAUUAUUUAAUGUAGAUUUCUUCUUAAGGUGUAAAUAUAUUCCAAAGUUUUGUUUCUUAUCAAGUCACAAAAUGUUUUCCCAUAGUUUUAGCUUCUCUCAAGUGACCCCUGUUAUAAACUUUGUGAACUAUUGAAAAAGCUAUUGUCAUAUAACAUCUUCAGCAGCUCUGAUGUAGCAAGUAAUGAAGAGGCCAUAUAAUGGACAAUAUUUGUUGUAAACUUACAACUCAAAGUAUUUAAUUUACCUUAGUGUUAUAUUCUGAUCCAUUGAAGAGAAUAAUGUGUAACAUAAUUGUAAGUAUAUUUUGUAGUUUGAGCUUGAACAUAAUUGUGUUUUUAACACCCAGUCUGCAAGUGAGGGAACAUGUUUCAUGGGUUGAUUCCAAAACAGCUUUCCAGUACACCACUUAUUUUCUAAUUAUGAAUAUGGAUUUGAACUCCUUGCAAUAUCUGAAUUAUCCACCAAUAUGGCAAAUUCACACUAGUUUUUAGACAAUAAGAUAGUAAAACCGAUACCCAUCAUCCAAAAUUCCACAUGCAAUAGUGGCUUCACAUGUUGCACAGUAUGAGAUCUGGUUCAUAAUCUCUCUGAAGCUAUUUUUCUACAAAGUUUCCAAGAGUAAUGUUUAUAGAGAUGGCCAAGGAAGGCUCAUCAAAACUUGCUGCCGAACAUGAACAUUUCUACUGUUUUGUCCAAGAGGAAUAUAGUUUGGCCAACCCCCUAAAUUCAACUUCUUUACAGCCAAACAUUAUUUAUUAAGGUUAACAGAUUUUAAUUUUCAAAAUACAUUCUUUUUUAGUUCUAACCUUAUUACUGGAAACCCUGACAUCCUUCUGUAGUCCCCCAAAUUAUGUCUCAUAAGCUAACGAACUGGGUGUUAACAAAUGCCUACUUUUUAUUCUUUAUAAGAAUUUUUUUAAAUAUUUACUAAAUGUCAACUUAUUAUGCUUUUAACUUAGUGGCUAAUGAAUGUUCUUAAAUAAGUAAGAACUGUUUAUGGUAAAACAAAAAACAUGAAUUUCAGGAUCGUUAGUAAUAAUAGAUAAACAUAAGCUUCGAAACAAAAUAGUACUUUUAUGACUGUUAUAUAUUGUUAACCUUUUCAAUGUAAUGGAUAUCACCCAACAAGAUUUGGUGAUUAGCAUGGAUAAAUCUCAUUAGCAUAAGUCAGUGCAAAGAAAAGGAAACUACUAGCAAGUUGGGUUUUUUGUUUUUUAAACAAGAAUAUUCUCAAUCUGCACUUUUGUUUGUAUGAAAAAUAACUCGAGCCUUGCCAUCCUUUUGUUCAAGAACCAGUACUUCUUUUUAUUAUAUAGUUUCAAAGUUUUUCGUUGUAAAAAAAAAAAAAACAUUUUUACUUGAAAAUCAGCAAUAAAUGGACAAUAUCCACUAUGCAACAUUAACGAGCCAUGUCCAAACAAGUCUAAAGAAUGUGAAAAAACAGAUGAAAAAAUCAUGUUGAUAUUGCACUCUUUCUGUUUCUGGAAGAUAAAAUGCAAUUAACAGAUCAGUCCUCUGUGAUCAUUUUGAAAACUUGCAAAUUUAGUUUGAAAUGAUUACGGGUAAAAACUUAUCCGAGUAACCCCAUCUUUUUUUUAAUUACUGAUAAAAUCCAAUCAAGCAUUACUGUGGUAACAUGUAUUGUAAUAACCAGACUGUGGUGUAUUAGGAAUUAUAAUUGAAGUUCAUAGAUAGUGUAUAUGAAUUUCUUUAGAUUAUAUAAGUAUAGGUUUUAAAUAUUUAAAAUUUUAACAUUCCUUCUUAAAACUGAGGAUUGAAUUAGAUUAGAUUUUUAAACUUGUAUAAAUUUUUGCUCAUUUUAUACUUGUUUCAGAUUAUAAUAUCUACCUAGUGCGAUUAGAAGUGAUUUACAAGUAUAACUUUCACUUUACGGUUAUCGUAAAAACUACAUUUGUGUAGUUUUCUGAACAUUUAAAUUACUCUUAAGAUAUAUAUUCAGGGUUUGAUCUAGAAUUGUACAUGAACCAUUGAAGGUCCUUUUCAUAGAACUGUCAUCAAUUAAUCAGAGAAGCAACAGAAUGGCUAGACAACCAAGGCAAGAUACCACAAAAAGUGGGUAAUAUAAAUGGACCCCCCCCCCUAAAAUGAAAG